AUGUCGUGUGACUCGGCUUACCGCUACCAGUGGUGGCUGGUAGUCUUCAAUGCUGCUGCACAGAUUGGUGUGGUCCUGUCAAUUAUCACCGAUACUUUGGAGAAACACAGAAUUGGUAUCUGCUCGGUCCUGGCAGUGCUGACCGUGAUGCUAAUGGACAAUGCCAACGAGUUCGUGACGGUGCAUGACAAGGCAUCAGGAGCGCUGGCUGAUCGUGCAACAGUCUUCAUUGCCGGUUGUGUGUUGGCAGCCAUGAUGCACAUCAUCCUCAUCUUUGCCUUUGGACGCACCAAUGCACCGGCAGCAACGCAAGGGCCCCCUACUAAUGGCACCUACAAGACUUAUGAGAAUCAGAUGGCGGAGCGCCCUGUGCAGGAGCAGCAUUUGGCCUCCCCUCCACCAUCGAGCUAUCCGCCAGUGUAG